GAUAGGUUGUGGAAUUCACUUGCAGGCCCCAAUCUAGCUUGAAGCUUGAUGAUAUCUUCCGGCAGCGAUGUGCCUUCACGAUGCUGCUAGUCCGCCUUCAACAUCGGAAAGAACCCCGUCCCCUAGGUCGGCGUGAACAACGACGCCUGUCCGAACACGAUACCGCCGGGCAAUCUCCAAGUCCCAGUCCGGAGACGCCAUUCGUCGUUCCCCAAACCCUACAGGACUACAGGUGCCCGUUUUGUAUAUGUGAUACCUCACUUCCCAUGAAGCAAAGGAACAGGAAAUGGAAGAACAACAAUACCUUCUGGGAACAUGUUGAAAAGAACGUCCACCACGAUGAACUCAAGGGGUAUGCAUCUGGGAAAAAGAGGUGUGGCAUCUGCGGGAGUGCAUCUCCAAGGAAUGAUGGCAUUCAAAGCGCAUACCUUCUGGGAGUAUGGCAGGGAGCUUCGCAAAGAGCAGUUGUAGAUUCUUUGGGCUUUACUUAUUUAAGUACUUAGCCUGACUCUUUGGCUGGCAACUUGCUUCAGACUCCUAAUCCCUCAGCAGAUUUGUCAAAUCCCAGGUCUCAUCUGUCUACAGAUGAUAUCCCGGAUGUAUACUAUGUGUAUUUUGGGCGCCGGGAACGUCAUCAUUGACUGUGCCAUAUCCCAUAAUCAAACCAGGGCGCGAAGCAAUAUUUCCGCCACAGGAUCCACAUGGGGCUGUUCUGGCUUGUAUCCAGAACAAGAUGGCCAUCUAGAUCCAAACAAAAAGUUGGUUCAUGAGGCUCAAGCAUAUAGUUACUCGUAUAUAGGAAUUCCAAAACUUUUUUGACCAG